UGAAUUAAAAUACUUUUUUCGCCGCACAGUUUUCUGAAAGAUGUCCCGCUUUUGAGAUUUACCUCUGGAUGAAAGUGAUACUUUGGUUCGCUAGACUAAUUGUGCAUGCUGUUCUGGCCAGUGUCUGUACGUUUGGGGUCAUUGAGCUAAUCUUGAGUGGGCAUAGCUUUGCAAAUGUAUAUCUAGGCUAGUCAGUGCUAGCUAGCUUCCUUUAUUCGUUAGCUGGUUAGCCACCUGUGCGACGACAGUAACGGCACUCACCUUGCAGGUGAACAAGAGACAGUUGUCCUUCAUUUGCUGACAUUAUCAUACUGAGUUGUUUUGGUUGAAUGGAAAUAAUACAAUUAAUUCUGUCAUUUUUUCCCUCGACAUUGAUUUUAGUCUCAGAGUCAGUUAUUAAGCGAAUGUUUUUCGUGAUUGAUAUUGAUUAAUUUUAUUACUGUAACGACUACAGUACUGUUGAUUCAGCACUUAUAGAUAGCUGCGGACAAUAUAUAACGGCAUAUGUUCCAAAUUACCGUAUUUACGCAAUAAAACAUCUGUACCGCUGGAGCGAUCGAUUUUGUUAUUCUUUCAUUUGGAAGGAUCGUAAUGUCCGUUGCUGAAAAAAAACAAGUUUUGCUUGUCGGGAGGUGAGAUGCAAGCAAAAAUCCCUUAUAACCUAGCGGCCAUUUUCUGAAAUUUGUAAAAGCAUUUCGGUGAAAGAUCUUCAAGUAAACAAAAAACGUGCAGAUGCAGUUAAUUAAGAUCAGUAACACUGUCGUUUUAUGGCAAGCUAAAUUGUGCUUUGCAUAUCAAGAAGUAAAUACAGUGCAAGGUAGGUAUAUAUGAUUUCUAGCUGUCGUUUUAUUCUUAUCUGGCAGAUCCACAAAGAAACUUCUAAACCUUGGUACGUUUGCAUAUGAAGCGUUUAUGAAGUUGAAAUUUGGUGAUCGAAUUCUUGUCGUUGCUAGGGGAAUUUUAUGACAACCCGUUUACACUGUUUAAACCACUGUUAUCAAAUACAUUUUAAGCGAUCUUUCACGCAUCACUCCUCAAAAUGACCAAAUAUUUUUUUCUAAUUCGAAUACAAGUAUCUGACAUGCUGACGGCUGGUGACCAUACAGCUGAAUACAUCGCAAGUUUCAAAACACCGUAUUAGCAAGAAGCGCAUUCCAGCGUGCAAAUGAACAUGUUUGCGGGUAGGGGGCGUCCUAUCGCCUUUUGCGAUUUUUACCUAGAGUGAUCUAGAUAUUUUUAUCACUGGUUCGGAUAAUUAUUGUAAAUAAAAUAAAUAGCAUUUAAAUUUAAAUAGUAGCAUUUACACUGUAAGUUUUGAAUUUUAAACGCGAAGUGUGUGUGUGUUUUAAAAAUGUUUUGGGGAUAAACAAUGGUGUAGUUAAAAAUAAACGUCCUUCACACCAGCGGACCAUGGCAAAUCUAUCUCGAAGAGCAGCAUUUUCAGUACAGGAGCUGGCAGAAAUACCGCUGUAAAUGCAGACUUUCUGCAGUCGUAAUGGUUAACGGUAAAAGUAAAUAAGUGAUUUAAUUAUCGCGUGAUGAUAGUGCAGUCAAAAUUAUACACCUCACUUGCUAAUGAUGAACACUUUAAAAAUUUCCUUCUGCGAUUUUUAAAGUAUUGUUAAUUUAUCUUUGGUUAGUCAUUCCAUUCAGUUUUAACUUAAUUUUUUUUUUUUGCUUGUAGCUCUAUGGAAACACUCAUGGCAACCAAGAAUUUGACAAACAAUACAUGACAAAGGAGUAAAACACUCCAUUGUCAUGGCAAUGGUUAGUCUGAUGGCUCCUGUUUUGUGGUGGCAGGUCUGUAAGGUUGGCCCCCAGCAUUAAGGUUUAGCUAAAACGUUUCUUUUGUUGCUCCAAGACAUUAUUGGCUUCCUGGCUUUCGUCAUCUCUUAUAGAGUAAAAAUGUUCUCGCUUUGCUUAUGGUAUAUUCCUUUGCUAGAGGUCAAUGUUUAGUUACAACUUGUCAGCAAAAAAUACUUUCAAGGGCGAGAAAAGCAGAGAAAGCCAGUGUCCCCUGUUAAAUAGGGCAGUGUCUUUAAAUAUAGUUUUCUGAAGGAGCCAACGGCAAACAAUGUAUCUUCAUUCAGCACUCAUCAGCACCCGCAGAAUCUUCUAGAACAGGGAAUCUAUUUGUUCGGUUUUUUGCAGCAGGAAUUGUCACAAAUCAGAGUGCACUUUCAGUAAAAUACUUCCAUUUGAUAUGGCUUGUUAGUUAACGCCUGGCCUUUGGACCUGGUCGGAAGGUGAAACCAAACAGACUGGGCUAAACAUCAGAGGCUCCUGGUCAGUGACACCUUUUUCGAUAGGACUUCACAGGAGCGUCUGAAAGGGGGCUGUCCACACAGGACUUCAGCUCAAUCCAGACGGGGUGACGAAGGCCCAGUUCCUCGUUGCAGGCUGGCCAGAGAUGAAACUUGGGCCUGAUAGAAAGAUGAAACUGAUAAGCCUGAUUGUUGAUGGGACUUUUAUUAUCUUUAACGUUUUUUGUUAAGUGAUUUAUUUUUCUUUGAAGAAAACAGGUAGAGGUUAGUGAAAAGCGAAUAAAGGAAUUGCAAACAACAGAUGUAUCAAUUCUGGCCCAAGUGACACAGAAAACCCCUUCAGAAGCUAGAGUCAGUCGCAGGGCGUCUAGAGGUGUGUGUAAUGUGACUGGUACACAGCUCGGACGUGGCCAGAGUACAGGGAGAACCACGCAGAAUCCACACGGGAUUUCAGGCCGCGCUGCUCAGCUGGGCUGCCGGGCAGCCUCACAGUGCCUUGCUGCUGGAAAAGGUCACGUUCGGAGGGAACCACGGAGCGGUCAGGGCUCACUGCCUCACUCUGCGGCUGCCCUCUCACAGGGGAGGCCAGGCAGGCUUUGACGGUGAGCCCAGCAGAGCAGGACGCCGCUCCACCCGCAGACGACGGAGAGGCCAUGUGGGAGGGCGCCAUGGAUCCCCCCGAAGAUGAGGGCCGGACCUUCAUGGAGGUGAUCAGCGAGAAGUACAGCCCGGAGAAUUUCCCGUACCGCAGAGGUCCCGGCGUUGGGGUGGUGGUACCAAUGGGUCCUCAAGGUUCACCUAUGAAAGAUCGACUAAACCUUCCCAGUAUCCUGGUGCUCAAUGGGUGUGGCAUUAGUCGCGCCGGAGAUGAGGCUGAGAUCUCGGCCUUCUGCGCCCAUGUAGUGGAGCUGGACCUGUCCAACAACAAACUGCAGGACUGGCAUGAGAUCAGCAAGAUUGUAUCCAACAUCCCGAAUCUGGAUUUUCUCAACCUGAGCUCCAACCCCCUCAGCGAAUCACCGCUGGAUGCCAGCUGUGCGGAGGCCUUUGUCAGGGUUCGACGGCUGGUCCUCAACAACACCCAUGUCUCCUGGGAGACGGUGCACACUUUCACGAGGGAGAUCCCCGAGCUGGAGGAGCUCUUCCUGUGCCUUAAUGAGUACGAGGCUGUAACACACUCAGCUGUGCCCUGCCCCUCGCUACGCCUGCUGCACAUCACUGACAACAACCUGCAGGACUGGGGCGAGGUGCGCAAGUUUGGGGCCAUGUUCCCCUGUCUGGACACCCUGGUCAUGGCCAACAACAGCCUCGCCUCCAUCCAGGACUCUGGGGACGCCCUGCAUCGACUCUUUCCUAAACUACGCAGCAUCAAUCUUCACAACUCAGGUCUAAACAGGUGGGAGGAUAUUGAGAAGCUGAACUGCUUCCCCAUGUUGGAGGAAGUGAGGCUGCUAGGAAUUCCUUUACUACAGACUUGCACCAACACGGAGAGGCGCAGCCUCACUGUAGCACAUCUGCCCUCCGUGUCGGUGCUGAAUGGAAGCAAAGUGACGGACGAGGAGAGGGAGGAUGCAGAGAGGUUCUUCAUACGCUACCAUCUGGACUGUCCUGAGGAAGAGCUGUCUUACAGGUACCACUGCCUGGUGACGAAGUAUGGCAAGCUGGCCCCGCUGGCGGACAUCGACCUCCGGCCGCGGUGCCAUGCUAAAGUAGAGGUGCGCUACGAGGACAGGGUGGAGAUGCUGAGCAUCCGGCUGGACCAGACGGUGGCCGAGCUGAAGAAGCAGCUGAGAACGGUGGUGCAGCUGUCCACCAACAACAUGCGCGUCUACUACAUCGACAAGGAGGUGGGCUGUGCUUUCGGACCUGAGGAAAUGAAGUACAGCACCCGUGCCCUGCACAGCUACAACAUCCGCGACGGGGACGAGAUCCUUGUGGUUCCGAAAUCCAAGUGACCAUUUGAGUCUCUCCCUGCUGGGAUGGGACAGCUCUCCCCCCACCCCCAUCCCAGAUCACCCCCCCACCAAAGCCUCACACACACAAUCAACGUAAUCAUUCUCUACUACUGACCCCCGUUGUUUUGUUCAGGAAGUAGCCUGGUCUUGAAUUUAUUCUGAAUUAUUUGUCCUUGUGACAUUACCUCGUCUUCAAAGAGCUGCACCUGCCUCGUGAAGGCAGGAAUUGUGCAGGGGGGGCUUAACCACUGGAUGUCCAGACAAUCUUCUAAGGGUGGACAGCCAUGCUGGACUGCUGUUGAGGUGCAUGUGGAUGUUUUUGAUGGCAGCCUGUACCACCUCAGGUGUCUUCAAGAACAACUAUUCACAGUUAGGCUCACAGUGAUGAAUGGGGUUACAUAAAGCGUUGAUUUCUUGA